AUGAUUGCCUAUGAAGAAGAACAAGAUAUGCCUAAGUUAUCAUAUCACCAACCACUUCACCUCUCUUCCUUUAUCAGACAUGUCAAUUACAGCUGUGGUUCGUGCGGUUAUGAACUCAACUUGAACUCAAGCAAUCGCAACACAACAUCUCUUGUGGAUUCAAAUUAUGGAAAAUCAAUUAAGAAGAGGAAGAGAUCUCUCAUUUCGUUCUUCUCUGUUGACGAAACUAGAUUCACUCACAUUCAACAAUUCUCACUCUCCUGGAUUUCAUUUUUCAAUUUCCAACGCACAGCAACAACAGCAACGAAACUACUCUGCCGCAACUGUGGAAACCACCUAGGUUAUGCUCGCAUUUUCCCUUCUCACUCUCGUUGUAAUUCAUGGGAUGGUAUCUCGGAUUCUAGAACCUUCUACAUCAAACUCAACGCCAUUCAGCCUUCUUCAUAA